AUGCCUUGGAACGUUACCAGUUGUCUUCCCGCAAGACAAUCGAUACUUGGAACCAGAAACAGAAACACCACGAUUUUAGUUCUUUUACGCCAAUUGAGAGGAGUAACGAAGACUUCCUCGAACCAGGGCCGGGUGUAUUCUUCCUUGAGGGAUUGGAGGGGUUGUGAGAAAGGGAAGGGCUGGGAGGAAAAAGUACAAGGACGGAGAAGGGUCGGUUUGGGUGGUUUAUCUAUACUUACAGGUGGUAGAGAAACAUCGGGGAAAAUGGGGAAACUGGGUAGAGCGACGAUGACGGAUCUAAAGAAACAGUAUAUGUCUACCAAACCUCCCGACAAGAAAGGUAGGGCGGAACCGCGACCUAGUGCUAGGUAAUUUACCUCUCCCUUCCCUUCCCCUUCCCCUUCCCCUUCCCCUUUCCAUCCAACAUACAACACAACAUACAACACAACAUACAACACACAAACACCACUAACAAACCCAGCAUCCUCCUCCUCUCCCCAACCAACCAAAUCCUCCUCCUCCACCGCGUCCAAACCUCCUCCUCCUUCCCAUACGCACACGUCUUCCCCGGCGGAAACCUCUCCGCCGCGCAAGAUGGUCCUAUCCCGGACCCGUCAAGUGAUGAAAGACAUGUUGAUGGACCGGCAUAUCGGAUGGGUGCUAUGCGGGAGUGUUUUGAGGAGAGUGGGAUUUUGCUUGCCAGGAAUAAGGAAGGGGGGAUGUUGGAUGUUGGGGUGACGGAGAGGGAGGAGGCUAGGAGGGGGGUUCAUAUGGGGGAGUUGGGGUUUGCAGGGUGGGUUGAGGGACUGGGGGGUGUGGUGGAUUGUGGUAUGUUUUAUUUCUUCUCCUACUGGGUUUUGUGGGUGGAUUUAGUUGAUGCUGUUUCCUUAUACAUGUGGAGAAGGGGGAACGAGGAAGAGAAGAGGUAUAUUAUUUGGUAACUAACUACUGUGACUGACAAAAACAUAGACUCACUAAUCCCCUUCACGCGCUGGAUCACACCCCCAAAUCUCCCAAAAAGAUUCACAACCCAGAUGUACAUCUACUUCCUCCCCCUCUCAUCUCCAUCUCCAUCACCAACAACCACCUCUCCCAUUCCCUCCUCAGCAAUAAUCCCGGUCCCCACGCCCGACGGGGGACUGGAACACACAACCGCCGCCUUCGCCCCGGCAUCGCACUGGCUGAACCUCGCACGGAAGAACGAAAUCAUCCUCUUCCCACCACAAUACUACCUCAUGCACCUCCUCUCCUCAUUCUUAUCCCCUUCCCCUUCCUCUUCCCCUGACAACACACACCUCCAAGCUCAACGCGAUGCCAUCCUCACCUUCCUCAACACCGGCACCUCAAGCGGGAAGCACGUGAAAUGGGCGGAAAAAGUCAUCUCCCCCAAGGGCAUCAUGAUGACGAGUGAUGGGAAGAGUGUGCUGGGACUUGAGGGGUGUGGGCCGGAGUUGGAGGGCAAGGGACGCGUGGGGGAUGGGGAGAGAGUUGUGGUUUGUAGGUUUGAGAGGGGGGGACCGAGGGAUGUGGAGGUUAGGUGGAGGAGGGAGGUGUUUGAUGAGGAGAGGGGGAAGGGAGGGGGGAAGUUGUGA